UCUACCUUUGAUCUUUACUCGGGGGAAAGGUCAUGACCUGAACAAGUAUGAUGAGCAGAGGCCGCCUAUCGCUCAUCUUGAAGUGGUCUGCACUGAUCAGUCUUCUGCUCAAAAUACGGGCAACUCGAAACUGCCUCAGAUUGGAAAAGUCGCGAUGAUCAUCCAGGACAGACGAGCUCUGUGGUUCCUGGCAACUUUACAACAAAGAAGGCAGAAAAAGAAAGGGGUUUGCAAGCUAAUCAUUAUGGCGUUGAAGACGACCAGAAGUAACAUCGAUAAUUGCGCCACACCCGAUAAACGCAGAGAAUGCCACAUCAAAACUAUCGACAGCAUAAUCAAAGUUUUGAUAGAGAAACACAAACUGAAUUGCGAGGGUUUUGAACAGGGAUUGCUGAUCGCUGCUAAAGAACAGGAGGAUGGGCCAUCAUUUUUGUUCUUUUUGAAACUGCUCAUUGCUAAGGUUAACGACACUAAAAGUGUAUCACAGACUCCUUACGGUGGAGACUUGAGCUCCUCGUCAGCUUCCGCUCGAUGUAACAAUGUGGGAAGCGAUGAAGCGAUGAAAGGAUCGGACGAAGGAGGAAUAAUUUGUAAGAGCAGCAGCGAGUGCUUUUCUGCGGACGCAGGCAAGCAGGUCUCGCGGUUGGUGAACUUGAGUAAAAAGGAACUUCCUGGUUUCAAAGACGAUGUGAGGAAAGCUAAUGAACAGUUGGUUGGUUUCUGCGAAAACCCUGAAAAAUUAUCAGCAAGUCUUCGUAGUGCAAGACCGAAUAAACAAACACGCAAAGUUUGCGAACCUUCUGAGCACCUUUUACACUUUAGGCUUCCAAUAGAAGCAGUCAUGACUGAAAUGUCCAACUGUGGUUUUAGGUUUACUUUGAUUAAAGGAUGCUCAAGAGAAAAUACUGAAAAGACUGUGCCAACAAUCAGUAAAAAUAAGAAGCAAAUAUCAAAAUGUAAAAGUGAUGCAGACAUAGGACAUGGUGCAGAAAAAAAGAGCAUUCUCGCUUCUAUUGUCAUGGGCACAAGACCUGCCGCAGGUCAGUGUAGCCGCCACACACUAUCGUCCGACUUGAAGAUGUUUUAUGAAAAUAGAAACCAAGCAAUAAUGCAAAAUGUCGGGGUAUAUGCAGGCCCCGGUAUCGAAACUAUAACUGACUCACAACAGACGUUGCCGACUUAUGUUUCUGCUGAGGCUACAGCAAGAAAAGUAACUAUAGAUCCCACGGAAUCUUCGGUAGUGACUGUUGAUGAAGUUCGAGGACAGCAGUCAGAGCCACUCCAGGACACGUCAUCUGGUGCAGGAGGACAACAGGAGUUUCAGUCCCAUUUUCUUCCAAGAGAGAUUACGAAGAGAAAUGGAGCUCUGUGGGCCGAACACUGGUUAGGUGCUGAAUGGCGUGCAGAAAUGAACCAUGACAGAGGUGUCCUGCAACCAAACUGGCCUCUAUCUUCACAGGACGGUCGUGUAAGCCAACAACCGUUGGCGACAGAUCUUCGUAUGGUGUCGCUCCAGCAGCAAGCUUUGCUGAGAAACACCGCGCAAUACGCUUAUACACCUGUCCAACAGAUGGAGAACUCUUUCAAUCCCGUCCAACAGAGGAACAACUGUGUUCUGCCGGUCCAGCAGAGGCAGUACUGUGUUCUGCCCGUCCAACAGGUGUCACUGCGAGGCUGGUAUCGACAUCCCCCCGCAGUAAGUCACCUUAAUCAGCAACAGCAAGUGCAUUGGUCGUCAUCUUCUCAUUUAACCCCUCACCUAUCGUCUAGGCAUGGUCAUCCACCGUGCUACCAACAGCCGACAAUAGUUCAGCAACACAGACAAGAAACUGGUUUUGCUGCGCCGAAACAACGCAUCGAAAACCACAGGGCACUGCCAGAGAUUCGGCCUCCAACCUCAGACCAGUCGACGGAGGAGUCCAGUGCAAAUAAAACCAGGACCAGGCCUUUCUCCGUAGUUGACUGCAACCUGGGCGAGAUCAUGGACAACCCUCUGACCAGAUCGUCUCCCUUCACCGUCAACCUGAACAUGUCCAUUUGGUCGCCCGGGUACCAUCUGCUUCCACAGAUAGAAGACUCCUGCCUGUGGGAGACAAUGGAGACCUGUCGCUGCUACCAGAAGAAACCAUGUGGUCUCAAAUGCAUCCAGCGCCACUGGCUAUCAUGAAGGUGUAUACCACUGAGAAUCCAAAAGUGAAAUUUCCGAAGAACAAAUCAAUGCGUCAGAUAGAAAUAAACGGCGACGAUCUUAUUUUCGUGUGUCAUGUCUCACAGGAUAUGAA